AUGAUCCAGCCCGGCCUGGGAAGGAUCAGCCAGCUCCUGAGGAAUGCAGAAUUCCCAUGGAGGUCGAUACACGUUGCUGGAACCAACGGCAAGGGAUCCAUCUGCCAUCAUGCCUCGGAACUGAUCGUACGUAAGAAGAUCACGGUUGGCAAAUUCACUUCUCCCCAUCUUGUAGACAGAUGGGACUGCAUCACCAUCAACAAUAAGCCCGUUGACGAGUCGCUCUUCCGAAAGGUCGAGAACCAUUACCGGGAUCUCAGCCAGAGAGAUGGCAUUCCUGCCUCUCCUUUUGAGAUUUUGACCGCUACUGCAUUCCACAUCUUCAAUGAAAAGAAGAUCCAAAUUGGUGUGAUCGAGGUUGGCAUGGGCGGCAAAGAGGACGCCACCAACAUUCUGAACAACCAAGCAAUUUCCGUCAUAUCAAAAAUCGCUCUUGACCACCAAAAUUUUCUUGGUGAUACUCUCGAAGAGAUCGCCCUGCACAAGGCUGGCAUCCUCAGACCCAAUGUGCCCUAUAUCAUCAACCCGAGGAACGAGAAAAACUUGAAACUCGUAAUUGACGAAUACGCAGCCACCAUCCAAGCAGGCCCACGUCUCACCCACGAACCUUUAGAUUUACAGAAGAGCUUGUUCAACAAAAACUACUGGAAAAGAUUUACUGCUCCUUUACUACCUAUCCAACGCGACAAUGUAGUCUUGGCUGCUAUUGCUGCCAGGGAAGCUGUGGAAAGCAUAGGGCUUAAUUUUAGACCUUUUGAAAUCGGGCGUUAUUCAUUAAAGUCACGGCUGAAUGUCAACCCUGGCCGCAUGGAAUUGAUCAGAGUGCCAAUCGUUUUUGGAGACGACAAAGACUCGCGGGGCCCGCCGAUAUUAGUCGAUGGAGCUCAUAAUCCAAAUGCUGCCAAUUUACUCAAAGAAUAUGUUCGUCUUGUUCACAGUAAGAGUAAGAUAAAGGGCGAUGGCUUUCCAGGUAAAAAUGGAUGGCCAAUUACCUGGGUGCUUGCUAUGACUGAAGGCAAGGAUGCACACGAGUACCUGAGGAUACUACUGCAGCCAGGAGACACUGUCGUCACUACGACAUUCGGUCCAGUCGAUGGCAUGCCUUCAGUGAAACCAAUGGAUCCAACACAACUACUUGAAAUAGCAAAGUCUGUACAACCUGGGGUUACAGGAAUGGCGAUGCCGAAACAGGGUGCGCUGCGAGCACUGUGUGCAGCGAAGUUCAUCUCAAAAAGACACCGGCCUGUGGUAUUGACAGGCAGUCUGUACCUUGUUGGUGACUUCCAUCGUGAAUUCCGAUCGCGGCGUGGCAAAUUUUACAUGGAAGAUCCAGAGUUCGCAUAUGACCGCGGACUUUUCAAGGCCAUGGUGAAGGAAGAAGAACAGAGGGCCAAAAACUGGUUUAGCGGUUAUCCUACAAACAUUGACAGUAAAGCCAGCGCCAAAGAUGAGAAGGUGCAUGCAGAGUGGAACAAGCAAAUUGCCAAUCGGGAAAAGAAGAGAGCUAUUCAAGAAGAAAUAGAGGCCCUCGAUCGAGAAAUGGAGCUGCUUGCAGCAGAGGAGCAGCGUAUUGGGCAUCGAAAGUCUCCAGACGCUGAAAACCUUGGCGAGCCAGCGGAUUCAGAAGGCGCUACAUCUACUGAUGAGCUUGAAACCUCGACAGAGGAGCAUGAUGACAAUGCAGAUGAACUUGUCCAGGAAGAUGAGACAAAACGUGAAAAUGACCAAACACCAGAACAAAGUACAAGAUUGAAAGUUUGA